AUGAACGAUAUUCGGAUAUUCAACUCCGCUACCACCACCAUCCUGCUGGUGGUUGAAUAUGAGACCGUUUACACGUUUUCCCGCAGUCAUUAUGUUGCUGACGGUUCUCGGACUGAGGUUCGCCAACACGACGCGGAGGCCUGGCUGGAGGACACACCAAUGCCCACAAGUGAGGAACCACACGGGCUGAGACCACACGCAUAUUAUGACUGGGAGGACCUCUUCGUCAACGACCGCGUGAGCCUGACCGAUUUGCGAGGUGACCUCUACAACCCAGGUCUGCGACGGAAAUGCCCGGUCUUGUGGAUGUACGUUGGCGCCCCAAACUUCGACUACGGAGAUGAGAAUGCUGACGCCGGUGCAUUCCGCAUUGUCACUGAUCGAGAAAGACGCAUCAUUGGCAUGGCCGCUCACUCGGAACAUGACGGUGGCCUUUUUGUACGUGCUAGCGAAUGUCAGGAAGUCUAUGCCAUUCACAUAGUCCAAAUCCUCGUGCCACAUUCCCCCACUGUAAUCGACGGUGCGUAA